CUUUCCCGAUACAGUCUCUCUCUCACUCUCAGUCUUACUCUCACACUCUCUCUCUUCUUUCUCUCUCCUCCAUAUUCUCUUCCCUUUUCUCACUUUUCAUGCUAAGUUGCUUGAAACCACAGCACAGCACCUCUCCUCGCCAUUUUCACCCCCUUUUCGCUCAAGCUCGUGGUAAGGCUGCAUUGGAAUAUCUGAGGAUCAUCUCGGCUUUAUGAUUCUGCCUGUAUGUCCAUGAGUGGAUGCGUUGGCUACUCGACUGUUUAAGUUAAUUUGCUUCUCAUGCACUGGUAGUUCUCUGUACCUGCAGUGUUUCUGUCCCUAAGCUUCUUAUUGGUGAGGAAAGUAGGGACACCCCAGAAUGUCUUCGAGAGGAGGAUCGGCGCAGUCCACGCCGCAGCUGCAGCGUCGGAUCACUCGCACGCAGACAGUAGGGAAUCUUGGGGAGUAUGUAUUUGACAGUGAAGUAGUGCCAUCAUCUUUGGUCGAAAUUGCCCCCAUUCUGCGAGUCGCCAAUGAAGUCGAGGCUAGCAAUCCACGUGUUGCAUAUCUCUGUAGGUUUUAUGCUUUUGAAAAGGCUCAUAGGCUGGAUCCUACUUCAAGUGGUCGCGGUGUACGGCAAUUUAAAACAGCUCUUUUGCAACGUCUGGAAAGGGAGAAUGAUCCUACUUUGAUGGGAAGAGUAAAAAAAAGCGAUGCACGUGAAAUGCAGAGCUUUUAUCAGCAUUACUACAAAAAAUAUAUCCAAGCACUGCAAAAUGUGGCUGAUAAAGCUGAUCGUGCGCAGCUGACAAAAGCAUACCAAACAGCCAACGUUCUCUUCGAAGUUUUGAAAGCCGUUAACCAGACACAAUCUGUGGAAGUAGAUCGUGAGGUUUUGGAAACUCAUGAUAAAGUUGCAGAGAAGACUGAAAUCUAUGUCCCUUAUAAUAUUCUACCGCUUGAUCCCGAUAGCACAAAUCAAGCGAUCAUGAAAUAUCCAGAGAUUCAAGCUGCUGUACAUGCGCUCCGAAAUACCAGAGGUCUUCUUUGGCCUAAGGAAUACAAGAAGAAAAAUGAUGAAGAUAUCCUUGACUGGCUUCAAUCAAUGUUUGGUUUCCAGAAAGAUAAUGUGGCCAAUCAGAGGGAGCACUUGAUUCUCCUUCUGGCAAAUGUACACAUAAGACAAUUUCCAAAACCUGAUCAUCAACCCAAGUUAGAUGAGCGUGCUCUUGAUGAAGUCAUGAAGAAACUUUUCAAGAACUACAAGAAAUGGUGCAAAUAUUUGGGCCGCAAAAGUAGCUUAUGGCUACCAACCAUACAGCAAGAAGUGCAACAGCGCAAAUUGUUAUAUAUGGGGCUCUAUCUUCUUAUUUGGGGAGAAGCUGCCAAUUUACGAUUCAUGCCUGAGUGCCUGUGCUACAUCUAUCAUCAUAUGGCUUUUGAAGUUUAUGGUAUACUUGCUGGAAAUGUUAGUCCCAUGACCGGGGAAAAUGUGAAGCCUGCUUAUGGAGGAGAAGAAGAGGCUUUCCUGAAGAAAGUUGUUACCCCAAUCUAUGAAGUGAUCGCUCGGGAGGCUUCAAGGAGCAAAACAGGAAAAUCAAAACACUCACAGUGGAGAAAUUAUGAUGAUUUGAAUGAGUACUUCUGGUCUGUUGAUUGUUUUCGUUUGGGUUGGCCCAUGCGAGCUGAUGCUGAUUAUUUCUGCAAGACCGUGGAUCAACUUCGAAUUGAAAAGAAUGAAGAAACAAAGGCUACAAAAGAUCGCUGGGUGGGGAAGGUUAACUUUGUGGAAAUUCGAACUUUUUGGCAUAUAUUUAGAAGCUUUGGCAGAAUGUGGAUUUUCUUCAUUCUGUGCUUACAGGCUAUGAUCAUUGUUGCUUGGAAUGGCGAUGGGCAGCCAAGCUCAAUCUUUUAUCCUGGUGUUUUCAAGAAAGUACUAAGCGUCUUUAUAACUGCUGCAAUUUUGAAGCUUGGAGAAGCCAUCCUUGAUGUGAUUUUGAGUUUGAAAGCUAGGCGAAGUAUGUCCUUCCAUGUCAAGCUAAGAUACAUUCUAAAAGUUGUGACUUCUGCUGCUUGGGUGAUUGUUCUCCCUGUUACGUAUGCCUAUACGUGGAAGCAUGACCCUCCUGCAUUUGCUCAAAUUAUAAAACAUUGGGUUGGCAAUAGUUCGAGUUUUCCCUCAUUGUUUAUCCUGGCACUUGUUAUCUACUUGUCCCCAAAUAUGCUUGCUGCCUUGCUGUUUCUUUUCCCAUUCAUACGGAGGUUCCUUGAGAGCUCCAAUUACAAAAUUGUGAUGCUAAUGAUGUGGUGGUCACAGCCUCGCCUUUAUGUUGGAAGGGGAAUGCAUGAAAGCACAUUUUCUCUCUUCAAGUAUACAUUGUUCUGGGUGCUUCUGCUUGUAACAAAGUUGGCCUUCAGUUUCUACGUAGAGAUUAAGCCUUUGGUGGUUCCAACUCAAACUAUCAUGAGUGCUCAUGUGACAGCUUACCAGUGGCAUGAAUUUUUUCCCCAAGCUAAAAACAACAUUGGUGUUGUAGUUGCUGUCUGGGCGCCAGUUAUUCUUGUUUAUUUUAUGGAUGCCCAGAUCUGGUAUGCUAUAUUCUCUACGCUGUUUGGAGGUAUAUAUGGUGCUUUCCGUCGCCUUGGAGAGAUUCGGACACUUGGAAUGCUUAGAUCUCGAUUUCAAUCAUUGCCUGGUGCUUUUAAUGCUUGCCUAAUUCCAGCGGAGAAAAAUGAAGGAGUGAAGAAGAAAGGACUUAUGUCUACAUUCUCCCGCAAAUUUGAAGUGAUCCCAUCAAGCAAAGAGAAAGAAGCCGCAAGGUUUGCUCAAUUGUGGAACAAAAUAAUAACUAGUUUCAGAGAGGAAGAUCUAAUAAGCAACAGGGAAAUGGAUCUGCUGCUUGUUCCAUAUUCUGCUGACCGUGAUUUGGAGCUAAUCCAAUGGCCCCCAUUUCUUCUUGCCAGCAAGAUCCCAAUAGCUGUGGAUAUGGCUAAAGACAGUAAUGGCAAGGACAGAGAGCUGAAAAAGAGGAUUCAGUCUGAUGCUUAUAUGUAUUCUGCUGUCUGUGAGUGCUAUGCUUCUUUCCGAAGCAUUGUUAAAUUAUUAGUCCGUGGCAGGCGAGAGAAAGAGGUUAUUGAAUACAUCUUUUCGGAAGUUGACAAGCACAUAGUAGAGGAUAAUCUUUUAGCUGAAUACAAGCUUAGUGCUCUUCCUAAUCUCUAUGAUCUAUUUGUUCGACUUGUAAACUACUUGCUAGACAAUAAGCCAGAGGACAGAGACCAAGUUGUCAUUCUUUUCCAGGAUAUGCUGGAAGUUGUGACACAAGAUAUAAUGAUGGAAGAUCACAUAUCCAAUUUAUUGGAUUCGAUGCAUGGUGGUGUGGGAUAUGAAGGAAUGGUUUCUGUUGAUCCACAGUAUCAGUUGUUUGCCUCAGCUGGAGCCAUCAAAUUUCCGACCCCAGAAUCAGAUGCUUGGAAAGAGAAGAUCAAGAGGUUGUAUUUAUUGCUGACGGUAAAAGAGUCUGCUAUGGAUGUGCCAUCGAACUUAGAAGCUAGGAGGCGCAUCUCCUUCUUCUCGAACUCGUUGUUCAUGGACAUGCCUUCAGCUCCUAAAGUCCGAAAUAUGUUAUCUUUCUCUGUUUUGACUCCUUACUACUCGGAAGAGGUUCUGUUCUCAUUACCUGAGCUGGAAGUGCCAAAUGAAGAUGGUGUAUCCAUUCUCUUUUAUUUGCAGAAGAUAUUCCCAGAUGAGUGGAACAAUUUUAUGGAGCGUGUCAACUGCCAAAAUGAAGAUGAACUUAGAGAAUCUGAUGAGCUAGAAGAGCAACUACGCCUUUGGGCAUCAUACAGGGGCCAGACUUUAACAAGAACUGUAAGAGGAAUGAUGUAUUACCGAAAAGCAUUAGAACUUCAAGCCUUCCUUGAUAUGGCUAAGGAUGAAGAUCUAAUGGAAGGCUACAAGGCCAUUGAGUUGAAUGAAGAUCAGAUGAAGGGAGAACGGUCUCUGUGGGCACAAUGUCAAGCAGUUUCCGAUAUGAAAUUCACAUAUGUCGUAUCUUGUCAAUCAUAUGGUAUUCAUAAACGAUCUGGAGAUCCACGUGCUCAAGAUAUAUUGAGGCUCAUGACCACGUAUCCAUCGCUUCGAGUGGCUUAUAUUGAUGAGGUUGAAGAACCAUGUAAAGACAAGUCCAAGAGGGUUAAUGAUAAGGUCUAUUAUUCCACUCUUGUGAAGGCUGCUUUGCCGAAAAAUUCUUCCGAGCCAGGGCAAAAUCUGGACCAGGUUGUAUAUCGUAUAAAACUUCCAGGGCCUGCUAUCUUGGGUGAAGGGAAACCUGAAAAUCAGAAUCAUGCCAUCAUUUUCACGCGCGGGGAAGGCUUGCAAACAAUUGAUAUGAAUCAGGAUAACUAUAUGGAAGAAGCACUGAAAAUGAGAAACUUACUUCAAGAAUUUCUGAAAAGGCAUGAUGUUAGGCAUCCCUCAAUUCUUGGUUUGAGGGAGCAUAUCUUCACGGGCAGUGUUUCUUCUCUUGCUUGGUUUAUGUCAAAUCAAGAAACAAGUUUUGUUACUAUUGGCCAGAGAUUGUUAGGCAAUCCUUUAAAGGUUCGGUUUCACUACGGUCAUCCAGAUGUUUUUGACAGACUAUUUCACCUCACUAGAGGUGGGGUGAGCAAAGCAUCCAAGAUCAUCAACCUGAGUGAAGACAUUUUUGCUGGUUUUAAUUCAACACUUCGUGAAGGCAAUGUAACUCAUCAUGAAUAUAUACAAGUCGGUAAAGGGAGAGAUGUGGGUCUUAACCAGAUAUCACUAUUCGAGGCUAAGAUUGCUAACGGAAAUGGAGAACAAACACUGAGCCGUGAUCUAUACAGGCUUGGUCAUCGCUUUGAUUUCUUCCGAAUGUUAUCGUGCUAUUUCACCACAAUCGGUUUCUAUUUCAGUACAUUGCUUACUGUGCUUACCGUGUACAUAUUCCUUUAUGGUCGCCUUUAUCUCGUUCUUAGUGGCCUAGAAAAAGGAUUAAGUACCCUUCCAGGAGUUCGAGAAAACCGACCUCUUGAAGUUGCUCUUGCAUCUCAGUCAUUUGUCCAAAUUGGAUUUCUGAUGGCUCUCCCUAUGGUGAUGGAAAUUGGGCUGGAGAAAGGCUUUCGAACGGCUUUAAGCGAAUUUAUCCUGAUGCAGCUGCAGUUAGCUCCAGUGUUCUUCACAUUUUCACUUGGAACGAAAACACACUAUUAUGGAAGGACAUUGCUUCACGGAGGAGCAAAAUACAGGCCCACCGGUCGAGGAUUUGUUGUGUUCCAUGCCAAAUUUGCAGAGAACUACCGGCUAUACUCUCGUAGCCACUUUGUUAAGGGACUUGAGCUGAUGAUACUACUACUCGUAUAUCAAAUUUUCGGUCAGUCAUACAGGGGUGCCGUUCCAUACAUCUUGAUUACUGUGUCUAUGUGGUUUAUGGUGGGCACGUGGCUUUUUGCACCAUUCCUCUUCAAUCCAUCCGGUUUUGAGUGGCAAAAGAUAGUCGAUGAUUGGAACGAUUGGAACAAGUGGAUUGGUAACCGUGGAGGCAUUGGUGUCCCCCCAGAAAAAAGCUGGGAAUCAUGGUGGGAAGAGGAGCAAGAGCAUCUCCGGCAUUCAGGGAAACGUGGCAUCGUUGCUGAAAUUAUACUAUCAUUACGCUUUUUCAUUUAUCAGUACGGUCUCGUCUAUCACCUGAACAUCUCAAAGAACACGAAAAGUGUAUUGGUUUACGGCGUGUCUUGGCUUGUCAUCUUUUUGAUACUCUUCGUCAUGAAGACAAUAUCUGUUGGACGGAGGAAAUUCAGCGCGAAUUUUCAGCUAGUUUUCCGGUUGAUCAAGGGGUUAAUAUUCCUUACAUUCGUCGCCAUACUGGUCAUUCUGAUCGCGCUCCCACACAUGACAGCGCGGGAUCUUGUGGUGUGCAUCCUCGCCUUCAUGCCCACCGGCUGGGGUCUACUCCUGAUUGCACAAGCAUGCAAGCCGGUUGUCGAUAGAUUCGGGUUCUGGGGAUCGGUUAGGACUCUGGCACGCGGGUAUGAAAUCGUGAUGGGGUUGCUGUUGUUCACGCCAGUGGCGUUUCUUGCAUGGUUCCCGUUCGUGUCUGAAUUCCAGACGCGGAUGUUGUUCAACCAGGCGUUCAGUCGAGGCCUUCAGAUUUCGAGGAUCCUGGGGGGACACCGGAAGGACAGAUCCUCCAGGAGCAAAGAGUAGAAGAACCAAGGAGCAGGUGCUAUCCUAUGCUGUGGUAUGCUGUUUGACGUGUUGUUUAACUUUUUUACUACAUCAAUUAGAUAGAUAGAUUAAUUGGGAAGUUUUUAUUCAGCUGUGAAUGAAUUGUUCAAAAUGUUCUUUGCCUGUGUUUGUUUGUCUGUUUACUUACUUACAUUAGAUAGGUAGAUAAAUUGGGAUGGAUGGAAAGGGAUUAUUGAC